CAGUCAGGGGCAGGGCAGGGCAGGGCAGCCAGAUAACGGCAUGGAACUCGAACACUAACUUUAAGCAGCGGCGUUGCGUUAAGCAAGCGGGAAGAGGCGAACCGAACCGAACCGAACCGAACGAACGAACGAACGAACGAACGAACGAACGAACGAACGAAUGAACCCCGGGCGAUACUCCGCGCACCCCUCGCUCAUCGUCAGUUCCCCGCUGUCCGUUGGUACGUUCGCACGUCCGUCCAUUCUUCAGACAUAACCGAUCGUCCGUAUUUCUAGUUAUUAUCAUCAGUUUUACCCGUUGACAACUGUUGUUUUCGCGAAUAUUGUUAAGCGGGAGAAAGGAGAGGCGAGUGUUUUUACGAUACUACCUUUCCUCGAUUUCGGACGUUAGCCGUCGGUCAGGUUUAUACGGUUGGAAAAUGAUGGUGCGGUAAACGUGGUUGUAAUGUCGUCGCGGCCUGCUCCGACUUGAUAUAUACCUAUCAUACCUACUCGUUCCGAAUUCGCCCUGUGACGUCGCUGCCGGGAGAUAAAGGCCAUGUGCUCACGAAGCAUACGUACGUACAGUGGUAUUCGACGACGAGAACGUAAUUGAGACUGAUACCUUCGAUCCUCGCGCUGCACAGGUGGACUUUCCUUUUUUGUGCUACACGCGUACACGUAUUUUCGUAUCAGUGGUGAUGAUGAUCAUUAGCGUGAUAGUAGCCGUAGUAUAUCAGUGUCGUGUGAAAUAGAUUCCUUGUGUGCAGUGAGGUCAUGUGUGUGGGUUUGUGCGCGUCGGUUUUAAACUAACGACUCGAAAUUAGGAAAAUUGUGUCCUCGAACCAAUAAAUGAUCGAUGAGCUACAACCCGAAACUGAACUCGAGAUACGUGCAAUGUACUCUGUGUAAUGGAAAAAAGUUAUAAAAAUUAAGCAACCGGAAGAAGAAGGACUGAGAGACGACGACGACGACGACGACGACGAAGACGACGACGACAACAACGACGGCGACGACGACGAAGAAGAAAAAGAAAAAGAAACAGAGAAAGAAGAAGAAAAGGAAACGGAAAAGGUAAAAGAAAGUGGGCGUGGACAAGGAAGGAAGGAAGAGAGAAAAAUCUUAAAACAAUCAAGAGUUAAGGUCUGAUGUUAGCGGACAUAAACGGGAACCUGGCGGAUCUGAGAAGCGAAGCUAUGGCGUCGCAGAGGUUUUGUCUCCGCUGGAACAACCACCAAAGCAAUCUGCUAUCCGUUUUCGAUCAGCUACUACACGACGAAUCAUUCGUGGACGUCACCCUGGCCGUUGAGGGCCAGCUACUCAGAGCUCACAAAAUGGUCCUCUCCGCAUGCAGUCCCUAUUUCCAGGCACUGUUCGUCGGACAUCCCGACAAGCACCCAAUAGUGAUAUUGAAGGAUGUACCGUACGUCGACAUGCGAAGCCUACUGGACUUUAUGUAUCGCGGUGAAGUGAGCGUAGACCAGGACAGGCUGACGGCUUUUCUCCGGGUCGCCGAGUCCUUGAGGAUCAAAGGGUUGACCGAGGUAAACGAGGACAAGUGUGACCUGCCUAGUAUAACGUCGUCGUUGUACGGUAACCAAAACUCCGUCGCACCGCCGCCGCCGAAUUUGCACCGGAUAAACCAGGCGGGUUCACAGCAGCAACACGUCACCUCGCAGAAAAGGUUUCAGACGAUGUCGAGCCACCCUCUGCUCGGCUCGGCACUCACGGCACCGAAACGGAAACGGGGCAGACCCAGGAAACUAAGCGGUUCGUCCGACACACCCCUCGACUCGAAGGGUGACGGCCAGGGAUCCGGCGGCGAUCUCGUCCAGGGAUCGCCAGAGAUGAUGGAAAUGAAAAUGGGACUUGAUUUCCAGAGCGAGACCAACAGUACGAGGAACAGCGAGCCCACGGAAAAUGGUACCGACACACCGGAGCCUGUCACGCCGAAAGUCAAACGAGAACCAGAGCCAACGCCUAGUACCUCGGCGCAAGCUCCAGACGAGACAUUUGCUCGGCCGCCUAGUAGACAGGGAAGCGAAGGUUUCCAGCAAGACAACCUGCCCUGCAAUUUGCCGAGCGACAUAACGUUCGAGAUAUGCACUUCGCCCGCCAGCCGAGACGACGCUUCUUUGUAUGCGGAGACGGGGGUCGGUGCGGGGGUCGGUGAGUCGUCGUCGUCGUCGUCGCCGUUCGUGAAAACUGAGCGCAUCGCAAGCGGGGUCCACUUUUUGACCGACCAAGAGGAGGACCAGCGGCAGGAUCUUGUCGGGAAGUCCGAGCUGAGCGUGGAAACGGAGCCCGAGGUCCGGAAACAGCUGCUGGAGUACCUCAUACAAAACGAUGGUUCCGUAGUCUGCAAAUGGUGCGGCGAGGUCCUACCCUCUCGAACACGGUGGUACAGGCACAAGUACAAGCUCCACGUGUCGACCCAGGUCGCCCAGCCGGCGCCCCUCUUCAAGUGCCACAGCUGCAACGCCUACUUCAAGUCGCGGAAGGGAUACAUCGGGCACCUGAGCUCGAGGCACUCGGACAACGAGAACGACGAGAACAGGGAAGAACCGCUGAACAAGAAGACGCGGAGAACCUCCGAACGUCGAUUUGUCGAUUACAGCAGAUGGGAAAAGGCCCGGACUGGGAACAGCAGAGGGAAAAGGAGGAGAAACUUGUCGCGGACAUAAUCGACAGAGUUAAGCGGGAAUGCGAGGCUCAGGGGGAGACGGUCACGAGGCGGGGAUAUUCAAGAAGGUCAACGGUGAUGAACAGCUAAGACAGGUUCAUUAAGAUCAAAUUUCUAUGCUGAAUCGCUGGAACGUUUGCGAGAAACACGGUCCGUUUAUCCACCCGACGACGUUACACGAUCAGGUGCAACGCAAUCUAUACAGUCGUGUGAUACACGCGUACGUGCAUACAUACGUGUGUCGAAGAUGCGCCUUUUUUUCUCGAAAUCGGAAUAAUUUUCGCCUUUCUGUAGCGAAUUUAUUUGCAAUCUCGUUCCGUUCGUGCGUAUCGAUUUCCUCCAUCCUUGGUAUUUGUAAUAGGUACCUCUCCCUUAUUUUCUUCCUACAUAUUCCUACGUAACAAAUCCGUCGCUCAGAAACUCGAGUGCCGGCAUAGCCGAUAAUCAAAAUUUAAAUGAUACGCGUACACGUUUACGCGUAUCUUACAGAUGGGUACGGGUACGCAGGUGCAUAGUUCCGCCUAUACAUAUUUCAGACUACAAGUAUAACGUAAAGUAAGCGUAUGUACGUGCACAGGUACAUAGAUACGUUGUACCGCUUGAUUUAAACGGAAAAGCGAAUGAAACUGUGUUCUUUUACCUAUAUUACGAAACAUGGAAAGUUCCAGAACGCCGUUGGUUGAUUAUAAUUCCCACCAUGCGUUAUAUACACUAUUGUAAUUAAUUCGGCGAAUCGCUGUGUCAAAUUAAACUAAUCAUCGCCCGUUAGCCUGUAGGGUACGGCUAGGUGUAAAAUGAAAAUAAGCGGAAUUGUCUUAUAUACCGGAUAUUACUUACCUGUACUAGAAUAGAGAGAGAAUAUUUUUGUUCAAUAAUUAUUCGAACGGUAGGUAUACACGUUAUACGUGAUGGGUAACGAGUAUACCCACCCUGUGCGCCUAUCGAUCGACCGAUCGAGCUGCAAGCUGUAUCGCAAGUAUAUAAUGGAUACAAUUUGUGAAAUAACGUAUACCCACACUUGGAUUUUCGAAGCCACCGUGUGCUUGUCUAUUUACCUAUUCAUCUAUUUGCUCGUUCGGAUUCGCUUCGGUUGUAUAUAGGGAAUUCGGGUUGUUGAAACGUCUUCGAAAUAACUAUAAAUUUUUAGUUUUGUCUCGCGCGCACUUCCGAGGACGUCGCCAACCACGUGAUUAGUUUCUAAAAAUGAUAUGAAUCCCCAGUGCCAAAUGUACAUCUUCCCAGAUUUGUUGUUAAUUUAUUGUUUGGAUCGAGUGUUUUGGCGGUUCUAUGAAAUCGACGCGAAAUUACCAGGUACACUCGGCUGUCCAAAAAGUACUGAGCCGAAUUGAAAUAUUGUUAUGUAUACGUAUAUAUAUUGUUAUGUAUUAGGUAUAUACACUAACUAACUACUAUAUUUUGACAAGAAAGUAUGACUUCCAAACUAUACAAGUUUUCCUUAGUUUAGUCGAUAUGCAUACGCUGCAGAUGGAUUAAACAUAUAUUCCAUUCGCGUACACGAUAUCAUGUAUAUCAGGUAUAUAUACGUAUAAUACAUAAUCUAUAUGCGUAUACGCGUACACAUCGAGCGAAAUUAAUUAUUACCAUUGAAAAUAUAACAAUAUAUAAUUGUAAGGAAAUCUGUCCAUUUUUUGAAGAUAUUUUAAUCUUUAUUAAGAUCCGUGUAUUCGAAUAUGGCAAUGCAUACAGGUGUGAGUAUGUGUAGAAGAGAUGCGUACACCUAUACACGUUAUAUAUAUUCGGAUGACGGUGUGAAUAAAUUAGAAAAUAUAAUGAUAACACUAUUAAUGUAUGCGUAUGAAUAGAUACGCAUACCUAUAUUUAUAAUAUAUUCUUGAAUCUGUAUGUAAAAUACUUAUUACGCCAUGUAUCUAUGUUCUUCCUACGUACAAGUCAUCUCCAUACUCUCUUUGUGAUUUUAGUGUUAUACGAUUAUACCUUGACACAUUAUUAUAUACAUGCGAUAUGAUAUUAAUACUAACUAUGUAUAUAUAAUACAAGCUCAGAGUACUUACAGCGUCGAGCACAAGCCAAUUACAGUACCUAAUAAAUACCCAACCUAUUUACUUAAGGCACCGGCAGAUCCGAUGAAACACACAAAUAACUAUAUUCGUACCGUCUGUCGAAUUACGAAAAACAGUUCGAUUUUUGUUUCAAUGUGAUUGAUUACCCCUGCAACCAGGCGGUAUAUCCCCGGGAAACAAUUACUCUGAGACUCGAGUGCAACAAUAUUUGUAUCUAUGCAAGAUUCUUCCAUUGUCGAUACCGGUAGAAGCCUAACGUACGCAGCUUAUUAUAUUAUAUUAUAUUAUAUUAUAUUAUACUAUAUUAGCGUCUUUGUACCUAUCCCAAGAGUCGGAUCGACCUCUUCCACCGCCGUACGUAAUAGGUAUAUUACAAAUUAAUCAUACUACAUUGAGGUUGGCUCGAACAGAAAAAGUAUAUAUUUAGUAUCAAUAAUAACGAUCAAACCAAAUUCUAGUCUUCGUUAUGUCGAAUCUCAAUUGUUAUUAAUGAUAAUAAUAAUGAUAUACAUUAUGGAUGAAAGGCUGAUUUAUCGUUUGAACAGGUGCUUGGAAUUGAAAUUGAGAAAAACUACUCGAAUAAGUGUGUUGCAACACAUGCUCUCUUGCAAUUGUGUGUGUAUAAUGUGUAAGUGAUGAAAAAGUGUUUGUUCCUGCGUAGAAUUGCGUAUAUUAUCUUAGGUAUUUGUGUGCAGCUGAUCGGUCAACCAGCAGUGCACCAACUAGGAUUAUACCUACGUUUAUUUCUCAAUUUGGGCAUCUCGUACGUUAUAGAAACGGAUAAUGUACCGGGGAGUAUGCACGAUUGAAUGAUUUGACGAAUGAUUGAAUAAUCUCUAUGUUUGUAAUCUAAAAUUUUUAGACAUUAGAGAAAAGGGAAGGGAUGGAGAACACAACAGGAAGUCAAUCACAAAGGCGAGUUGUUAUGCUACAUCUGCGAUCUGUGUGCUUGUUUCACUGGAUGCAGUUAACGGUCUGACGUCUAGUCGUUGCCAAUACUGUGUACAAUAUCAUUAAAAAGAAAAACCAAACUUAUAAUACUUGAGAAAUAAAUGACUGACGUGUCCCUUAUCUAUGAGCAUUA